GAUAAGAGAGGGAAGCAGGUUUCAAUGAAGCAAGAAGAAUCAACCAGAGGUGGUCCUUGCUGAAAGGGUUGUUUUCAAUCAAAAUCACAUUUUUCUUAUCGUUUUAUUUAGAAGGAGCGAAUCAAGACACGACAACCAUUGCUUACCACUUCUACUGUAGUGCUGGAAGAUCUUUAAAAGCUUUGUUUUCUAUAACAAUCACCUUUUUCUUUUCGUUUAGCUAUCUGCCUUGAUUGCUACACCCUCUUCAAGCUCAACAGUACUCAGUCUCUUCACUUUGCUUCAAGUUCAGCUCCGGUUUCACUUCUUGUCCUCUCUAUCUCUCACACACAAAAUCAUCAUCACUGCAUGCGUGAACAUAUUGAUCUUGAUAUCUUGGUUGUUAUCUCUUUUCUUGUACCCUUCCAGACUGUGCUAUAUGCUCAAGGGUUUCUGUGUUUCCUUUAUUUGAAAACAGGAUAUUGUAUCCUCAUAUGGGGAAUAAAAUUCUUCUCAAGGUUUUCUGUUUAUGGGCUUUGACAUGCUUGCUUCUUCCUGCUAACUCUAGUGGCCUGGUGAGAAUAGGUUUGAAGAAGCGCCGUAUAGACCUUGAUACUAUUAAGGCUGCCAGAAUUGCUAGACAGGAGGGAAAAUCAGGAGCAGGUGCAAACAGUUUGUUCCAUGAUCUAGGAACUUCAGAUGCAGAUAUAAUACCCCUUAAAAACUAUUUGGAUGCUCAAUACGUGGGAGAAAUUGGUAUUGGCUCGCCCCCACAAAACUUCACAGUCAUAUUUGACACUGGAAGCUCCAAUCUCUGGGUUCCAUCAUCAAAAUGCUACUUUUCUAUUGCCUGCUAUUUCCAUUCCAAGUACAAGUCAAGCUUGUCGAGUACAUAUAUCAAGAAUGGGAACUCUUGUGAAAUACAUUAUGGAUCAGGAUCAAUUUCUGGUUUCUUAAGUCAAGACAAUGUUCAAGUUGGGGGCCUUGUUGUCAAACAUCAAGUUUUUAUUGAGGUUACAAAAGAAGGAAGUCUUUCAUUCGUAUUGGGGAAGUUUGAUGGAAUACUUGGGCUUGGGUUUCAGGAAAUUUCAGUUGGGAAUGUUGUCCCUGUGUGGUACAAUAUGGUGCAACAAGAUCUUGUAGAUGAUGAGGUGUUCUCGUUCUGGCUCAACCGAAAUCCUGAGGCAAAAGAGGGUGGCGAGCUUGUUUUUGGAGGGGUUGAUCCGAAACACUUCAAGGGAAAGCAUACCUAUGUUCCAGUUACCAAAAAAGGGUACUGGCAGAUCAACAUGGGGGAUUUUCUAAUUGGCAACCAUUCAACAGGUCUUUGCGAGGAGGGCUGCGCUGCAAUUGUGGACUCCGGAACCUCAUUGCUUGCUGGUCCAACACCCAUCAUUACCGAAAUCAAUCAUGCCAUUGGAGCAGAAGGGGUUGUGAGCGCUGAGUGUAAGGAAGUGGUUUCUCAGUAUGGAGACUUAAUAUGGGAACUCUUAAUAUCAGGGGUAAAACCCAACAAAGUAUGUGCGCAACUUGGUUUAUGCAUUUUCAAUGGGGAUGAGUAUGUGAGCACUGGUAUUGAAUCAGUGGUUGAGAAGGAAAACGAGGGAUCAUCUGCUGGUGAUGAUCUUCUAUGCACUGCUUGUGAGAUGCUUGUUAUUUGGGUCCAGAAUCAACUAAGAGAAAAGGAAACAAAGGAAGCAGCAAUCAACUAUUUAGAUAAGCUAUGUGAAAGCCUGCCAAGUCCAAUGGGAGAGUCAGUGAUUGAUUGCAAUAGCAUUUCAUCCAUGCCAAACAUCUCAUUUACCAUCGGAGAUAAACCUUUUAGCCUCACUCCAGAGCAGUAUGUUCUCAAAACCGGAGAAGGCAUUGCUCAAGUUUGCAUCAGUGGGUUCAUGGCUUUGGAUGUGCCGCCUCCACGGGGUCCUCUGUGGAUUCUUGGUGAUGUAUUCAUGGGUGUGUAUCAUACCGUCUUCGACUAUGGUAACCUUGAAGUGGGUUUCGCAGAGGCUGCUUAAUUAUCCUUUUGCUAGGCUGUAAUGCUAUGACAGAUUUUCCUAUGCCAAUCAGAGAUCACUCUGUUAUGUAAAUGUUUGUUAGGCACAUUAGGACUAUGAAUUGAUAAUCUAUUUGUAUCCAUCGUCUGCUAAAAACAUGGCAUCAGGACAAUUUUAAAGAAUAUCAAGGAACAGAAUGUUUAAAUUUU